UAGCACCCUCUCUGCUCACUGAGCCCACUGGGCCGCAUUCAAGGGGCAGACCGAGACCGCCCCCCACUCACCCACCAUCCCACCCACCAUGGACAUCCACAAGCCCGACUUCUGGCUGCGAUUACACGGGCAGGUCCCGGGCCUGUUGAACUGGCCCAUGGACGAAGAGCUUCAGCUGCUGGUCACCACGGACCAGCUGCCCACCGAUGCCGACCCCAGCCUGUGGAUGUGGGUGAACCCCAACAUCGUCUGCCCCAUCACUGGAAGCCAGGGGUCGGGGAGACCACGGGCCCGUAGCCUCCGGCCUCCCUCAGGCCCACCGCCCUCUGGCUCCCUGGACUGCUCAGAGGAAGAGGAGGAGGAGGAGGAUGAGCUGCUGCUGACCUCUCCCAGCGAGUGGGAGCUGUCGAGCGCGGACGAGGAGAACGAGGAAGAAGAGGACACCUCCUCCUCACCGUCCCCACCUCCCCACCGGUCCCAGGCUCGGCUCCUGCAGCCGGCCCGCACCCGGGUGGGGGGCGUCUGGCCCCGGCCUCCCCUUAAUUACUGCCACCUGAUCACCCUGGCACUUCGAAACAGCCCUCCCUGCGGCCUUAACGUCCGACAGAUCUACGACUUCACCGGGCAGCACUUCCCUUUCUUCCAGACGGCCCCCGAAGGCUGGAAGAACACCAUCCGCCACAACCUGUGCUUCCGCAGCAGCUUUGAGAAGAGCCCGUGCGGGGCCGGGGGUGCCAGCAGCCCCAGCAGCCCCAGCCGCCCUCGCCCCCGCUCCUGCCUCUGGAGGCUGACAGCCGAGGGCCACCGCAGGUUCGAGGAGGCCGCCCGCGCCCUGACCGCCACCCGGCUCAACUCCAUCCAGCGGAGCAUGAGCCAGCCGGCGAUGAUGCCCUCACUCUUUGAGCUCUGAUUCAGCAAGGGAUGUUGCCGGAGGAGCCUGUUUCUCCUCCCUCCUGCCCCGUCCUGACCAUCGCCAACCUUCUCCCCUUGCCCACCCCCAUUAAAGUUUGUCGCUGGCUUGGUGGAGUGAGAGUCUGUUCUGUAUUUGGGGACCCGACUCCUGGCCCAACCCCUACUCUCUGACCCAGGCGUAAAGCCGAAGACUGCAGACAUGACGGUUCUGGCUCUAGUGUGCGGCACACAGUCUGUGCU